UUCCGUUUUUAAACUUCUACUCAGCCUCUCGCAAAUUCACGUCAGUCUUGUGACUCUUGAGGACGCCUGUCUAACCUAACGAGAGAGUGUUUGUGAGCUUUGUAACAGUAAAGUUGGAUGGAUCCUCGGAUGGCUUGGAUUCAGCCCGAGCAAAAAAGACCUGCCAACGUUUUAUGGAUGCGCGUAUGGGAAACCUCGCAAAGGCGAAACCACUGUUACUCGCUGCGGGUGAAUACACCUGCUUUGGCGGCCAGUUUUGUGAAGCAGUUAUCGCUGCUUCCCACCAACACAGCUGAAAAACCAAUUAACAGUUCCUCCAAUCAGCCUUAUAAUGAUAGUGGUGCCAUGCGAUCUACAAACGCAUUCUCUGAUCCUGCACCUCCGUGUGUUACCCCUAUCGGAGUCAACGGUUGUGAUUCUUCGCCUUUAUCUUCAGAAGAUUCCGAGAGUGACAGUCCGACAUCAGAUUCCUCGUCUGCCAUUGGUGACAGUAUGAGCGCACAUCCAACCAAACUUCACUUUAACUUUUCUGAAGAUCUGCACAAUUUCAAUAACAGUUUACAACAACAUUACCAGCGGCUACAUACUCAAAUAAUUAUGGAUAACCAACUUAAACACCAUCCAGUAAGAAAGAGAAGUGACAAUAAAGCGAGUACAUAUGGAAUGAACUACUUUAUGUCCCACUCUAAUGGCAGUCAUUUAUGUGGGACCCCUUGGGCAACCAGACAAUACAGUCCAGGUGUCAACGGCCUCCAUGAAGAGAUAGUGGAUUUUUAUCAUUUCAUGUCACCACGCCCAGAAGAGGAAGAAAUGAGGAGAGAUGUUGUCAAUCGUGUUGUGGCUGUAAUCAAAGAUCUGUGGCCCAUGGCAAAGGUUGAAAUAUUUGGCAGCUUCAGUACAGGACUUUAUCUUCCUACCAGUGAUAUUGACCUGGUGGUGUAUGGAAAAUGGGAACAACCUCCUCUGCAGCAGCUGAACCAGGCACUCAGGCAGAAUAAAGUGGCUGAGCCGUUCUCCAUUAAACUGCUUGACAAGGCUACGGUACCAAUAAUUAAACUGACUGACAGAGAGACAGAUGUGAAGGUAGACAUCAGUUUUAAUGUUGAAACUGGUGUCAAAGCAGCUCGGUUUAUUAAGGAUCAUCUGAAGAAAUAUUCCGUGUUGCCGUACUUGAUCUUUGUGCUGAAGCAUUUUCUGCUCCAGAGAGAUUUGAACGAGGUGUUUACAGGCGGUAUCAGUUCCUACAGCCUCAUUUUAAUGGUCAUCAGCUUCCUGCAGCUCCAUCCCAGAAUAGACUGCAGAGCUUCCAAUAUUAAUUUGGGCAUCCUGCUCAUUGAAUUCUUUGAAUUGUAUGGGCGCCAUUUUAAUUAUCUGAAAACAGGCAUCCGUGUGAAGGAUGGAGGAGCUUAUCUUGCUAAAGGGGAGAUCAUGAAGGUCAUGGAGAAUAGAUAUAGACCCUCAAUGCUCUGUAUUGAGGACCCAAACUUGCCAGGAAAUGAUGUUGGCCGGAGCUCUUAUGGUGCCAUGCAGGUGAAGGAGGUAUUUAACUAUGCAUACCUUGUCUUGAGUCAUGCUGUGUAUCCACUAUCCCGCUCCUACCCCAACAGAAAUAUGGAAAGCCCGUUGGGACGCAUCAUUAAGGUGACCCAGGAAGUAAUUGACUACAGGGAGUGGAUCAUUCAGCAGUGGGGAAACCGACACAAUGCCAGGAUGAUGGACAUUAAUGUCCAGAAUGUUGAAGGAGACCCAGAGGAGCAGACCUCAAGUGAGGACCAGCAGAGAGAUUCUACGUCACCACACAGAGCAGGCUCAGCUGUAUCUCUGUCCAGCCUUCAUCAGCAAUCUUCAUCUUCAUCUUCCUCUGUGUCCUCGCUGUCUGGGAGUGACCUUGAUUCUGACACACCAUGCAAAGCUUCAGUUCUUCACAAGUUCUUUCCAGUGUCGUGCAUGACCGAUAACAAUAAAAAACCACAGAGAAAAGCAAAUGCAUCUGGAUCUUUCCUCCACUCC